AUGGAAGUUGUUCAAGUGCUUCACAUGAAUGCAGGAAAUGGAGAGGCCAGUUAUGCCAACAAUUCCCAAUUCCAGGAAAAGGCCAUAGCUAUGGCAAAGAAAAUAACAGAAGAAGCCAUAACAGAUGUGUAUAAAAGCCUUUGCCCAAAAACAGUAUACAUAGCGGACUUGGGGUGUUCCUCCGGGCCAAACACGUUGAUGGAAGCCGGCGAGUUAGUGAAAGCGUUCGACAAAGCGCGUAGAAAUAUGGGACACCAGUCGCCGGAAUAUGCUGUAUACUUGAAUGACCUUCCCAGCAAUGAUUUCAACUCCAUUUUCCGGUCACUGCCGGUGCACCAAGAAGAUCUCAAGAAAGAAAUGGACCAAGAGUUUGGGCCGUGCUUCUUCGCCGGAGUUGCGGGUUCUUUCUACGGAAGGCUUUUUCCGGCCAACUCUCUGCAUUUUGUUCAUUCAUCUAUUAGUCUUCAUUGGCUAUCUCAGGUACCUAAAGGAUUAGAGGAGAACAAAGACAACAUUCGUGUUGUAGCUUCGAGCCCACCUAGUGUGGUAAAGGCAUACCAUGAGCAAUUCGAGUGUGAUUUUUCAAGUUUCUUAAAGUGUCGUGCAAAAGAACUGGUGACUGGUGGUCGAAUGGUAUUAUAUUUUCUUGGAAGAAGGUGUGAAGACCACAUUUCUAGUUACAAUAAUGUAUGGGAACUUUUAGUCAAGGUCCUCAAUAAUCUUAGUGCAGAGGGAGUAGUAGAUGAGGAAAAAGUGAAUUCAUUCAACUUUCCUAUCUACUGGGCAUCUCCGAAUGAAGUGAAAAUGGUGGUUGAAAAGGAAGGGUCAUUCUCUAUUGAAUAUUUGGACAAUUUCAUGUAUGAUCUGGAAAAUGAAAAACACAUUGACACUGGAAACUUCCUUGUCAAUAGUUUCAGAGCUGUGCUUGAGCCCAUAGUUGCUAGCCACUUUGGUGAAGAAAUCACUGAGGAGAUUUUCAAGAGGAAAAAGACCUUGAUUUUAGAGUCCAUUCAUGAAUUACAAAAGGUGGAAUUCUUUAAUGUUGUCUCCAUGACUAAAAAGUAAUUAUAUAUUCAUUAUUCUUACUAU